AUGGCCGUGGCUAGAGAGACCAGGCCGACUCAGCAUUCGCCGGCCGCGACGACUGGGAGCCAGCGAACUGCCGACUCUGGCGUCAGCGGAACCGACUCUCCCUCUUCCCUUGCCAACGUGGUUACUCGUCUCUCUGUCGACGGAGUCGCUUGCUCACCAACAGCCUCGUCGACCUGGUCCAGCUCGGGCUGCUCUUGCCUCUCCUCCAGCUCUGCCACAGUCUCCAGUCUGCCGCACACCGCUUCCACUUCUUCCGCAACUUCCGCCAUUUCCACGACUUCCGCGACCUCGGCGCCGACGUCACACUCAGCUCAUACAGACCUGGGCUGUUCGUUGCCGACGGCUACGCUCGGCGACUGCAUGUCGACAGUCGUACUUCGGCACAGUCCGCCCAGUCGCCAGGACGCUUGUCCAGAGGGCCAAUGUCGCGGCGGUCUCAAAGGCGAGCCGGCCAACGGCGAGAUUAUGUCGAUCCGAUGCAUGUGCAGCUGCCUUUCAGAGCGUGUCUGCAGCAGCCUCGCCGUCGGUCAGCCAAUAGCAUCGGUCGUCUGUAGAUGCUGCGUCCAAGGCGCAUCAGAGCCGGCCGCGCGUCUGACGCCAGCUUCGUCGACGGACUCGUGCGACACGCAAGUCCACUCGCAACGUAGCCGUUCGCUCGAGCAGCCCAGCGGCACUCUUCGCUCGCGCCUCGUUGGGCUCGAGGCAGCGAUGACGUCUGUCAACGGCGACGUCGAUGCCUCAUCGGCCGAGUUACCGUCCGACCUGGUCAGCCUCGAAUCGGUCGCCAUCGCCUCUGCCUCUGCAACGGCAACACCGCGCGUUGGGCGGGUCAGUCUGAAACCGCUCGCCUUCCUCCGCAGAGCCGUCUUCAAGGCAGCAUCGAGUCGGCCCGAGCCGGCCGGUAGAUGUCUCGAGGCGCCGAUAAAGCCCGGCUUGAAUGGGCUCGUUCGAGUGCGCCGAUGGCGCACAGGCACCAGCGACAGACUCGACUCUGUUUUCGCCUCCGAGUCCGCCCAGACCGUGACCGCCUUGACUACGCCCGGCAGACAAGAUCCGGCAGAGCCGGCAGGACCGGCUGAGGCAUCGCGAAGUGGCGUGAAACGACGCAACAGUCGUUCGAGUCUGAGGUUUGUGAUGACGCAGUGGCGCACUGGCACAAACCCCGUCUGA